CGUGGCGACAGAGGAACGAGCGCGGCUCGGCCGGCCGGAGGCGGCACGGCGCCGGGUCCGCGGUCCGCAACUGGACGGGUGUGGGACACGUGGGGCUGCGGGGAUGGAUGCGAAGGGCCCGAGCGCUGUGCUGGAGCUGAAGGGAAGAGUUGGCAGCACGUGGCAGAAGGCAACAGCAGAGAGGAAACUUCCAGCCCACGAGUUGGCUUUGCCACCGAUCGCCGACGGAGGCAAGAAGAAAGGGCAGAAGAACAAGUCAGCAGCUGUGUUUGUGUCGAGGAAAACAACCCCCUUGGUGUUGAAGGCAUCAUCUCAAGAGAAGUACAGAGCAUUUACUGAGAAGAAAGCGGUGCUCAAGGAGGCUGAGUUAGCUGGAAUGUUGGAAGAGAUGAAAAUGACCGUGCACCUGACCAAGCUGAAGACAAAAGCCAUAGAGGAGCUGAAGCAGUGCAGUGACCACCUGGCAAAGACCAACUGCUGGCUGAUGAAGGACAUCCAGCACACUGAUGAUAGCACUGCCAAGCAAGCCAGAGACUUGCUACAUCAGUAUGAAGUGUAUCAGAUGAUCGAGGCAAUGACACAGACCAUCAGUCAGAACCAGCUGGAUAUGGCAAGGGCAGAGCUUCAGGAAAUGGAAAAAACAAUGGAAAAGAAUCUGGGAAAGCUACAGCAGCAACUGGAUGAAGUCACAUCAAAAGUACAGGUUCUCCAGGAUGAGCUCAGCAUCCUUCGGACCUUCACAGAUCUAAACCAAGCUAUGCAGAUCGUCCUCCUGCUGUCCAACAUCCAAAACCUGAAGAAGCAACAGCAGGAUGAGAUAGAUGAGACAGAAAAAAUGGGAAAGGCCAUUCUGGAGGAACUGGAAGAAAAAUCACAGCUAGAACAAGAAGAGAUAUUACAGAAAGUUGCGGAGGAGGUGUUGCUGCACCAGGAUGGGCUGAAGCAGAUGGUCAUCAACAAUCACAUUCUUCGACAUGAAAUAAGAAGACAAAAAGAGAUUAUUAAAGACCUGGAAGAGGAGAUCAGCGAGCUGAAAAGAAGCGUCCAGACACUCCGCCAAAGUGCAAGAGACCCAAGAGAGAUGAUCUUUGCUGAUGUUUUUCUCCACAGACCAAACAGCUAUACACACUGCUCUCAGCACAGAGAUGCCUGUUAAGGGAGGCUUUCCUCUCCAGUGGGGCUGGACCUCCUGUGUUGGGUUCUAACAGUAAGCCAGGUAUGGCUGCAGAGGGGUGAUGUGAAGCAGGAGGAAAGCCUGGAACGUGUCAGGAGGCUGUGGGAGAGGCGAGUGGCUGCAUGAUGGAUGUGCUAUUGCUAAUGGACAACUUCCAUUUUUUUUUUUUUUCCGAUAAAAGAAUGAUUAAAAAAAAAAAAAAGGAAUUUUGUUAGGCUCGGCAGCUGGUGGGGCUGGGGUUACUGAGGGUGGCUGGGAGAAAAGUUAAAAAUAGCAGGAAGGCCCAAGUGGAAAGUUUGUGUAAUAUCACAAGUCAGGCAUUCGGUGCUUACCCGCCCUGACAGGCAGCACUCCGUGCCAGAGCCUCUCCGCCAUCUCUGCUGAUUCCCACUGACCUCCCUGCAACUUUUCACACGACUCCACCAGCCAUCCGUGUUUCCAAUUAACCCUUUGGUUCCAGGCUUUGCUUCUUGAAAGAGUAAAGUCGGGCGUAAGCUGCGCUUAGCCUGGAAGUGCAAAGGCACCCAGCAAUGCUGGCUCUCCUUGGGUUUCCUGCAUGCUGCUGGCAGCUCCCGUGAAGCCCUGAGGAGCUGUAAGCCCCCACUCAUGUCUGCAUUUCAGUCUUCCCUCUUUAAAAACCCCCAUCCUUCAAGGAAACCCAGGUGGGUUUUGCUAGCAGCUUGGAGUCCUGCACUGGAGGCACUCUUGGCACAGUUUGUCCUGGCCUGAUGCACAGAUGAGCACACCUCUGAGCAAGCCCAGCUUGCUGUGUUUGUCCUUUCUGUGUGAGAAAGCAGAUGUAACCGGCUGCUCUGAUGUGCUUUCUCUGCUUUUGUUUGUCUUUUGGGAUUGACAGAGGGGCAGCUGAUUUUGUUCUUCUCCCUCGGAGUCCCUCAGCCUGGAUAAGGUUUGCUGGGCAGUUGUGCUGCACUCUGCUUCAUGCUGAGCGAGGGCUGUGCCCCAGAACCCCACCUCUGCUUUUAUAGGGCUUUUGUCCACUGCUCCCUCAGCACAGCCGCCUUUCCUGCUCUUUCCUUUGUUCCU